AUGUCGAAUAACGUUUACGAGCCGAUUGCCAGCCACGCCCUGAGGGCGUUCCCCCACCUCAAGGCACCGGGCUUUGAGUCAAGCAAGGUAUUCGCGGUGACCGCUCUGUACCUGGCCUCGCCCCCACCGGGCUUCCCGAGCCAGGGCUACCUUGCCAAGAACCUCGCCUCUCUGUACCUGUUUGUGAUUCACCCGUCGGAGCAUGGCCGCCGCUCGCGUGCCCUGACCAAGUCGACCCCAGAAAUCUUCUACAUCAACAUCACCCGUAACAAGAUCGAGGUCGGCCGUGGUCACCCGCCGAACAGCAACUCCUCGUCGCUGUUCUCGCGCAAGAACCGCAAGGUGGUCGUCAUGGAGUGCUCGGACACGGACAUGGUCAACAUUGCCACUGGCAAGUCGCAGGUUCAGAGCCUCCUCGACGCUGGCAAGCUUCGUUUCAAGGGUAAGCUGGACUACCUUGAAAAAAUCAGCCGAAUUCUCCACCACGAACGCUCGGAGCUCUACAAGUCGGUCACCACUGAACCGCGUGAGCGCCCGGACGACAACAUGGUCGUCGACGAAGAGGCUCUUGGACAGAGCAUGGGUUCUGUCCCCCGCGCUCGCUUGUAA